AUGGCAACCUGUGCUUCGGUGGUGCUGGCACUGGUGUGCGUCAGUGUCUCUGCUGCACCGUCCGGGCUUCGUGCAGGCACAGGGCCCAACAGCACCACCACCAGCUCAGAGCGGUCAAUCCUUGCAGCCUCCAGAUGGCAACAUCCGGGCUGCUGCAACGGUUGCGGUACCGACUUCUGUUCACCCAGCAGUGGCACGUGCUAUGACCGAAAGGGCAAGUACUACUACUUGGAAUGCAGAAGCGAUAAGAACGGAAGCAGCAACAGCACUGGCACUGGCACUGGCACUGGCAACAGCUACGCCAAUUACGCCUAUGCCGGUCGUGGAGGAUGCACUGGGCAGUCCUCCAAAAUAUCCCAUUUUGCGGUAAAUUCCUCCAGCCAAUGCCGUGAUGCUUGUCAGGGCAACUCCACCUGCAGGGUUUUCAUCUACAGGGGAGGCUGGACCCGAUGUGGUCUCGGUGCUUCUUGCCAACUAUACAGCAGUUGCGAGCCUGAGGAGAACAUUUGUUGGGAGAAGUACGUCCGUGACUGA